AUGUCUCCUUCUCAGUCAAUAAUACGAUCGCUACCUUCUGAUGUGAUUGCAAAGAUCAAAUCGUCUACAUCAAUUGUACACCUGACUGGUGUUAUUUUGGAGCUAGUCAAGAAUUCUUUGGAUGCCAAUGCACAGACUAUCUUCGUCACUGUCAAUUUCAAACGUGGUGGCUGUAUAGUUGAAGAUGAUGGCGAUGGAAUUCCUCCGGCCGAGUUCGAAGUUACAGGAGGGUUAGGCAAGCCUCACCGCAUGUCUCCCCACCUUGAGGUUCUGGAUGGCUUGUAUGGCCAUCGAGGCUUGUUCUUGACCUCCCUGGCCUCGUUGUCUCUGCUCACUGUGACAUCUCGUCACAUUCGUCAUGGAUGCACAAACUCUCUUAUUCUUCAUCAUUCCACGCCUGUGGCUCGACUAACCCCUGCACCGCCACAUCAUGUGCUUCGCUUUGCCAGCCAUGGCACGUCUGUGACUGUCAAUGACCUUUUUGGGAACAUGCCAGUUCGCGUCAAGAGUCGAGCUCUCACUCUUCAGCGGCCGGACGAGCUAGAACGAGAGUGGGACCAUCUAAGGAACUCCUUGGUGUCUCUCCUGUUAGCCAAUCCCCGAUUCUCAAAAUUAGUCCUUCUCGAUGUGGAAAGAAAUAAGCGGAUGUCUAUUCGUCUUGUAACUGCCUCCAUGCCCGAAACACACAUCCCUCAUGGUCCCACAGAAUUUGAUCUCAAACGUAUCGGGUCGAUUCUCACACAAUCUGGGCUGAUCACGCCGCAAAACUUGGGUACUUUGCAUGAGAUCUCAGCUUCAGUUUCUGGCCUCAUAGUUCGGGGAGCAAUAUCUCUUCAACCCAGUCCAACUCGGAAGGUUCAGUUCAUCUCGUUGGGGAAAGAACCCGUGCUAUCGCGCAAUAGCUCGAAUGUUCUUUAUAACGAAGUGAACCGGCUGUUUGCUUUGUCGGAUUUCAGUAAUGUUGGAGUCAUGCCUGGCGGAAGCUAUGUUCCACAUCCUGCAUCUUCGGUGAAUCAGCUUGAUAUCCCAAGCAACGCAAGCACUCGAAGCUGGGUAAAUUCCGUCAACAAGUGGCCAGUUUUCUACAUCCGUAUUGACACAAAUGCUGUUAUACGAUUGGAUGAUGAUGGGUCUGAGCAUCUUCCAGAAUCGGCCAAAUCUGUUCAACGGAUUGUUGAUGUGCUUGGAGCGAUGGUUCAUGAGUUUUUGAAACAACACAAUCUCCGCCCUCGUACCGCCAAACAGCAGACCAUGUCAUCGGACCAAAACAAGAGCAUCCGUUCCACAGCCUCCCGAGCAGUUGGCAGCUCUCGUGGCCCCCGACAACAAGGUCGGUCGAUUUCGAGCACUGAAGAGGCAUUUAGUGGUCAUCUGAAAAUUCCCUCAUUCCCAAGAUCCCAGUCUCUGAACUCAGGUCAAAGCUUUGCCAAUUGGUCUAGGGUAAAAACGGCUAAGGAUCUCAACGGACAUUCUCCAACCCAUCGAAACCCUCGGUGUCCUCAUGUGGCUCCUGAUAUAAUCCGGGAGGAGAGUCCCUUGCCUAUCCUCCCUAAGCAUAGGCCAAACCGUCAAAAUGGUGGCCAGAGGUGCAUAGUCCUUCCAGAGCCCGUGGAUAAAGGGGUCUCUGAUGAGGGCAGAAGCAAGAGAGAGGAUUUGCCUGGAGACUCUCCAUCAGACAGGACUAUCACCUGGGUCGAUCCACACACCAAGUUCGCCUACAUCAUUAACCCCCAAACGGGCCAAACGAUGAACUCUCGGAAGUCAUUAGCUACCCAGCGUUCCCCCACCGAUCAUGUCGAUACCUCGUCCAAGCAUCCAGCCCAAACCGCUUGGAUAGAAAAUAUAUUAGGAGCAUGGGACAAUCCUUCCUUCAGCCGAACAGAAAUCCCAAUACCCAAUCUAGGUACAGAGUCCGCCGGUCAGCAGAGUACAAUUUCUCCUUCGCACGACUGCUUCAAGGGGAUUGGAUCGCUUGACACGGCGCAGGUUGCCAAAUAUCGAGGAAAACUUCAACGUCGUGCGCUCGACACUGCCGAAGUGAUGGCCCAAGUGGACAGAAAGUUCAUAUUGGCUAAGGUCCAUACCACUCCUAUCAAUCUCCACUGGAAAGGACCAUCAGACUAUGUUUUGCUCUUAAUUGAUCAACACGCAGCCGAUGAGCGAUGUCGAAUUGAACUGCUGUUUAGGGAGAUGUUCCUUUCUACUGGGCUAGAUGAGAAUUUGGAGUCGGGAAAUCGAGUGCGCACUGUCCAAGUUGGUUCUUUGGCAUUCGAAGUUUCAUCGACAGAGGGUGAUCUCUUCCAAAAAUAUAGAGGUCUCUUCUCGGCGUGGGGUAUUGAGUAUGUGACACAUGGCAGGACCAAAUCUACUGUUUUGAUCACCGUGCAUACUCUUCCUGUUCUAAUAGCAGAACGUUGUCGGCUCGAGCCUCGUGUGUUGAUUGACUUGAUGAGACGUGAGAUCUGGUCAAGUGAGGAAGAUGGCAGGAAGCCGUUCCAAUCGAAGAAAGCAUUUGAAACUAAAGAUGCCGACCAGGACCUCGACUUAUCAGACAGCGAUGAGGCGGCACACAAAGGAACCUCGACAUCAUCUACCGCACGCUCAUGGGUUCAGAGGAUGAAUGGAUGCCCUCAAGGCAUCGUGGAUCUUCUUAACUCCCGUGCCUGUCGCACUGCUAUCAUGUUCAAUGACCCUUUGGAUCUUGAAGAGUGUCAGGCGUUGGUCUCUAGACUGGCACGUUGUGCCUUCCCGUUUCAAUGUGCCCACGGGCGCCCUUCAAUGGUCCCUAUACUUGAUUUGCGAUCCUUCUCUAAUACUGAUGUUUUAUUUCCGCUAGAUUUGGGUACCAGAGCAUCUGUUUAUGAUAACGACGGUAUGAGUUUGGAUUUCGUGGAGGCGUUCAAAACACGUUAUGUAACAUAG